AUGGUGGGAAGAAAGAAGAAUCGCGCGGCUGCACAGCCUGUUGCCAGGACUCCUAGUAUCUCUACGCGAUCUGGGCGCACUGCACAAGAUACCAUUCCAGUUUCCACUACUACUCGUGGAAGAGGUCGAGGCAGAGGACGUGGUCGCGGCCGUGGCCGCGCCAGUCUUCCUGGCCAUCUUCCUUCUAAUGAAUCAUCGAGCAGACCAGAAGUUCGCUCGCGCAUCAUCAAAUUAAAAAUUUCCCCACUCAAACUAAUUCAACAUGCUGAAUCAGCUUCUGAUGUCUAUGAGGAAAAUGAAGACGCAAUUGCCGUCUCACAAAACCCAGAGACCCCUCGCACUCGGCGUCCUCGGCAUCCUAGGACUGUUCCUGAGUCUUCACGGACCACCCGGCAGUCAGCAAGACUAAAGCCGGAUGGAGAUGGCGCCUUCGAAGAAGAUGUCUCGCCAACCAAGGCUGUUGAUAAUCAAAUCACCGAGCCAGAUGAUGACAUGGACUCUGACCACUAUGAUGAGGAAUUCAAAUCCGAACCUCCCUUCCAAAAAAUCUCUCAAUCCCCUGAACCUCGCAUGGUUGCUUCAGCCCCCGUGUCGCCUGGAGCUACUCAAAUCGAUCCUGCUGAUUCCAUGGUCGACGAUAUGAACAAUAACAUGAAUGACAUCUCAGAGCCAGCCAAAGCAAAGGCUGAGGAAACUCCCAUCGGUCAAAGUCCCAAUAUUUCCCAGAUUGAAGCAGCGCCAUUCAGUGCGGUGUCUUCGCCCCGACUUGCGCGCAAGCGGAAGUCACUCGAGCUGCGAAAUGAAAACCCGGAUGUUGAUUCCAAAGAUCUUAUGAACAAAAAGCUUCGCGUUGAUGAGACUGAACUCGAAGAGACUCCAGAGAGCCACUUCCAAAAUGGCACAGAGCUUGAUACUCAAAAUGAAACCUCUCCCGAGGACAUCCCUAUUCCUUCAGAAGAAUUCGACCUCCCUGCUUACAACCCCACUGUUAGAGGAGGCCGUGGAGGUCGAGGGGCCCGUGGCGGCCGCGGUCGAGGACGUGGCCGGGGCCGAGGUCGCGGAGGCCGCGGUGGAUUUGUUGGCCCAAUCCGGCCUACAGCAGUCACCAAGCCUCGUGGUGGUCGAGGACGUGGCCGCGCCAAGGCCACCAUUAUCAAACGCGGCAAGAAAAUCGAAGACGAGAUCUGGGACGCCACCGAAAAUUGGCGUGGUCCCACCCCAUCACCUACUCCUGAAUCAAUGCCCACAAAAACCCGCCAGGAGGAAAUGUCUGUGCUGUUCAAGAAGGUUGGCCAGGCGCAGCAUAUUGCAUUGAGUUUCAUGGCCGAUCAGACCAUGCACAGACUUGCUCGCGAUAAAUAUGUUCACAAAGACUGUCCCGAAUUUGAACAAGUCCAGCGGGAUCUGGAUGAGUACGAACGCAAGGCAAUUGAAAGAUUAAACAACGAACACAAGGCGAACACCGAGUUGGAGACUCGAAAGUAUGAGGCCAAUGUUCACAUUAUCAAAGAUACCUCAAGGCUACUCAUCGAGCAAGUCCAAGAGGAGACGCUUACAAUGCUUAUGGGCAAGAUGAUGGCCCUGAUCCAGGGCCGCAGGGUGGCCGAGGAUGAUGAGCACACCGAGUACGACACAUCGGAUUCAGAAGUAUCCGUGAAGCAAUUUCUUUUCCGAGAUGGCGAGACGGCGGUAAGACAGGUGGAGCGUGGAUUUGCAGCCGAAACUGUUCGAGACCCGGAGGGGGCAGUUGACUUUGUGGCAGCGGAUGAGGGAUGGGAUGAAUUCGUCCAGAGAGUACGGAUGGGCCGCUUGCACGAGGAGAUCGCACCAACAGAAAUGACCGACGAAGACGCUCUGCGAAUGUGUGCCAAGGAUGUCUUCGGCAGCAUACUUCAUGCAGCAACCUACAUCCAGGACCAAGAGGCGACUGGCAAGGUCGUCGGCUACGAUGGCACCGCUGAUUUCCCAGUGCACCCACGUGCACUUUCCAUUCUGGCAGAUGCGGCUCUGACCGAGCCCCUGCCACAACACCUCCCAAUGAUGCGCACCGACCCCGGCACCCACCACCGUGCUCUCCUCCCCCAGCCCACCCACGCUCACCCGGGCCCUCCUCCCUCCUCCCUCCACGGCCACGGGCCAACAGACCCGCGGUCCUUCAUUCUCCCACGGCCCACCCCAACCCAGCAGCCGCGGCGCCUUCUCCCCGCCCGCCAGCAGCUGGGGUUGGGGAUGGGCCUGCCGGACCCGUUCGCGAUGAACGGGCCGCCGCAGCUGCCCCCUCCUCCGGGCUCCAACUUCGCGCGCCUGCCCCUGCCGGGCUACAUGCCCCAGGGCCAUGCGCCCUCCCUGUACUUCCCGCCGCCGCCGCCGCCCGGAUCGCACCCCCCGCCCCCGCCGCGCGGGUACUAG